AUGUGCUUCACAGCCCUUGAUGACCUUUCCUCAGCAGCUCCAGAUCCAACUACAACCCCCUGCUCUGUUCAGCCAUUUCUCCAGGAGGUAGAACUAGAGCAGUUUAAUCAGCUUCAGACCUGCAUCUUAGCUGGAUUUUUCCAAAUGUUGGAAAAUGCAGAUGUCUCCGCCCAACUAAAUCGAAAAGCGUAUUUUGAUGAUAAAAGUAGAUACAGUCUUGGUUGUACCACGCAGUGGCAGGCAACCCUCGGGCCAGUUAGUGGACUUAUCAGAAUGCAUGUUACCUGCUCUGUAAAUGAGGAUAUUAACUGCCUCGCAGGAUUUCCAGAUGCAAUUAAGAAGAUGCAGGACAAAUUAGGAGAAAGAGUGCCCUUUGAGUUUUCCAUAAAGGGUAAUGGAAUAGAAUUAAAACAGGGUCUACAUCUCACAACAGGCAGCUACUGCGUCGCAACUGUGGACCAGUACAUCAAACAGUGCACUGUGCAGUGCCUACCGCUGGCUCCUGGGGCGCAGAGAGGGGCCGCAGUCUCCGCGGCUGUGUUGCGCUCCCCUGCAGUCCCCUCCAUGUUCCCUGGCACCACUAUUCCCCUUCCUAAGGCCGCCACUUACCCCAGGGUCUACGGAAGUAAUGAAGGACCCCUCAACCUGGCUCAUCAGAUGAGCAGACGUUUAUUAGCUGCAGGCAAAUACAAAGAGGCUAUUUCUUGUCACAGAAAGGCUGCAGCGUAUCUUUCUGAAGCCAUGAAGCUGACACAGUCUGAGCAGGCUCAUCUUUCACUGGAAUUGCAAAGAGAUAGCCAUAUGAAACAGCUCCUCCUCAUCCAAGAGAGAUGGAAAAGGGCCCAGCGUGAAGAAAGAUUGAAAGGCCAGCAGAACACAGACAAGGAUGUAGCUGCCCAUCUUCAGGCAUCUCACAAACCCUCUGCAGAGGAUGCAGAGGGCCAGAGUCCCCUUUCUCAGAAGUACAGCCCUUCCACAGAGAAAUGCCUGCCUGAGAUUCAGGGGAUCUUUGACAGGGAUCCAGACACACUACUAUAUUUACUUCAGCAAAAGAGUGAGCCAGCAGAGCCAUGUAUUGGAAGCAAAGCCCCAAAAGAUGAUAAAACAAUUAUAGAGGAGCAGGCAACCAAAAUUGCAGAUUUGAAGAGGCAUGUGGAAUUCCUUGUGGCAGAGAAUGAAAGAUUAAGGAAAGAAAAUAAACAACUAAAGGCUGAAAAGGCCAGACUUCUAAAAGGUCCAAUAGAACAGGAGCUGGAUGUAGGUGCUGAUUUUGUAGAAACAUCAGAGUUAUGGAGCUUGCCACCACAUUCAGAAACUGCUACAGCCUCCUCAACCUGGCAGAAGUUCGCAGAAAAUACCAGGAAAGCCAAGGACAUUCCUAUCCCCAGUCUUUCUCCCUUGGAUUUUGCAUCUCCAGAACUUCCUCUUACGGAGCUCUCUGAAGAUAUUCUGAAAGGAUUUAUGAAUAAUUAAAAUGGAAGGCCACAGGAAAGGGGAAAAGAGGAAAUAAUACAGUAAUCGUUAAUCCAGCAAAAAAAAAAAAAAAAAAUGAAAAGGGAAAACCACAUAGAAGGGUCAUCCCGGAAAUGCUUCAUCUGGUGGACUGUGGGAGCAGAGGCAUUGCCAGGACUUGGGAAACAGUCACUGUGAAAUGCACCGUGUAUCUCAUUCACUCACUUGAGCUAAUGAUUCCUACUUGGCAGAUGCUAAACUCAUGGAGGUUCAGUUUCUCCUGAUCCAAACCAAAUGGCUACCUGGAAUAAUUUCCUUCAAGCAACAGUUAUUUUUCUUAUCUUCAGGGUUAAAAUGUAUAAAAGUUAUGUGUAAUUAAUCUAUAAUGCCAUAAAUGAUAAUGCAAAACCUAAAUAAUAUGGUGGCCGGAGGGGCUGCCUUAUAUUUGAAACAUGCUUUCUAUCAUGCAUUGACUGUAUGCAUUUUGUUAAUGCACAUUUUGUUUGUUUAAGGUGUGUAAGAUACAUACCCUUCUAGAUGAAACUAUAUGUGCCACACUUUGCACUACUCAUAAUGAUAACCUCAAGAUUAUCAGAAGAAAUAUUUAAAUUUCCAUUUUAUGAAGAA